CGGACUGGUCUCCGCCAUUUUAGCUUCCUGCUUCAAAUCGGGGCCACCACACAGUGUUUGUCGUCGAAACGCGUCGAAGCUGAACGCGAAUCAGUGUCUUUCUCCUUCAUUGCUCUCAUACGGAGCCCAGCAGCCAGUUCGCAUUAGGUCCUGCUCGCUCGUGCCGUUUAGUUUCAGCCGGAGAGUCGCGAUGCCGAGCCACCCGCUGCGCGUGGCGGUUGUGUGCUCGAGCAACCAGAACCGCAGUAUGGAAGCGCACAAUUUCCUCAGCAAACGUGGAUUUGAUGUGCGCUCAUUUGGCACGGGCUCUCAUGUGAAGCUACCCGGCCCUGCCCCGGAUAAACCAAAUGUGUAUGACUUCAAAACAACAUAUGAACAGAUGUACAACGAUUUGGUCCGCAAGGACAAGGAACUAUACACACAGAACGGCAUCCUGCACAUGCUGGACCGCAACAAGCGCAUCAAAACGAAGCCCGAGCGCUUCCAGGACUGCAAGGAGAAGUUCGACCUGGUCAUCACCUGCGAAGAGAGGGUCUACGACCAAGUGCUGGAAGAUUUAAGUUCCAGAGAGCAGGAGACUCUGCAGCCUGUCCACGUAAUCAAUGUGGACAUUCAGGACAACCACGAGGAAGCCACGCUGGGCGCCUUCCUCAUCUGCGAGCUCUGUCAGUGUAUUCAGCAUAGCGACGACAUGGAAAACGAGAUGGACGAGCUGCUACAAGAGUUCGAGGAGAAGAGCAAGAGAUGUUUCCUCCACACCGUCUGCUUCUACUGACGGCAGAGAAAUCCGCAAUAAUCACAGACCGGGGUCUCAAGCAAUCACAAAAAAGCAAAUGGAGUUGCACACUUCAUGCAGUCAUCUUCAACACAGUGCGCACACACACACACACACACACACACACACACACACACACACACACACACACACACGCUGUGUGAAUGCACUGCUACACACACAAACGGCUUUAGAUCAACAUCUACCAGGUGGCUGGCGUUGGAUACGCUGAAGGGUUUCUCCUCCGUGCGGAAGACGGGCCUGCUGCUCUCGCGCUGCCUUUUGCACCUUCAGGUCAAGGUCAGGCCAAGGUCGUCCUCCAACCCCAGCCCAGUGAAAUCAGCCACCCACGUCUCCUCAGGGAGAGCCAUGACCCCCGCAGCGACCCGUCAAGCCCUUAAUCUGUUCUUCACAUAUUUAUAGUGAAUUAUCUCUUCAGUUGAUAUAUUGUUGUUCAUUUCAGAAUCACAUGUCGGAUGAUUCUCGACUUAAGGACAGUGUCAAUGUUUUUACACACGGGAGGAGAGUAGAUUUAUUUGAGCUGAAUGCGUUUUUGUUGUGCGACUGUUUGUGUUGUAGACGAGUUGGGAUUAAGUUAAAGAGAGUGGCCUGAUGACAAAUAACCAAAUGUAGAUCCCUCAGAGGCUCUCCUCCUCUGUGUUUUCAUUAUUGUGUUCAUUUAUAUUUAAACUAUGAUUUGCUGUUCUUCAGGGCUUAGUUUAUUUUAUUUCUUUUGUAAAUGAAAGAAUUGAAGCAUUGUAAUUAAUUAUUUACAAACCGCGAGCUCAGCUCCGAGUGCCUGAUUUUUCUGUAUGUAUAUUUGAAUCUACUAAAGACUAAAACAUC